AUGCCUCGUCGAGUGUCCAACUCCCUUUUAAGCAGUUCACCUCCGACCCCCUGGCCGUCCUUUUCGCCUUCUGAGAAGGGCGGCAACCUCGUCAGCAAGACCUCGCAGAAAGCGAGCAAAAUCGUACAACUCUUCUCGACGUCGCCGAAGACAAAGGAAGCACAAACGGCCGCAGCCGCGCUGCUUGCAGCCAGUAAAGCUCAAGAGCAGGCCUUUCUCGCAUCGGGCUCACCUCCCAUCAGCACACCUUCGCUGUCAUUGCCGAGUAUCUCAUUAUCAACUGCUCGUGCAGACUCGUCGAAUAUGGAUGAACCACCGACUACGCUCUUUCAGCCGCCAUCUCCGGCCGAGACGAGAAAGCUGGCCAGACAACACGCUCAAUUUGGGCCGUUGAUUUCUCACUCUCACAGAUACACCAGUCGACACCAAGGCGGGGAAUUUCCCGAACCCGUUAUUGACGAACCACCCUAUUACUAUCUUUUGACCACCUACAUUUCCUACCUUAUCCUCAUUAUAUUUGGCCAUGUCAGAGACUUCUUCGGCAUGAAGUUGAAGGAGGACAAUUACCGACAUCUCAAAGCACGAAAUGGUUAUGCUGCCCUGAAUAGUGAUUUCGAUAAUUUCUACGUCCGCCGGUUGAAGAUGCGAAUCAAUGAUUGUUUUAACAGGCCCACCACCGGUGUUCCAGGACGUUACAUCACGCUGUUGGAUCGCACGUCUGACGAUGGCAAUGUUCAUUUCUCCAUGACCGGAACUACCACAGAAACGUUGAAUAUGAGCUCUUACAACUACCUUGGUUUUGCCCAGUCCGAGGGUGCUUGCGCCGAUUUGGUGGAGGAAACGAUCAGAAAAUAUGGGCUGUCGACCAGCAGCUCCAGAAGCGAAGUGGGCACCUCGGAACUAGCCCUCGACUGCGAGAGUCUUAUUGCCGAGUUCGUGGGCAAGGAGUCUGCCAUGGUUUUUUCGAUGGGCUUUGGUACCAACGCUGCCAUUUUCCCGGCCCUCGUUUCAAAAGGCGACUUGAUUAUUUCUGACGAACUCAAUCACGCUUCAAUCCGGUUUGGAUCCAGGUUAUCCGGCGCAAUGAUCACAUCCUUCAAGCACAACGACAUGAAAGAUCUCGAGAUGAAGCUCCGAGAGGCAAUUUCUCAAGGUCAACCCCGCACUCACCGUCCUUGGAAGAAAAUCCUGGUCGUGGUUGAAGGUCUGUACUCGAUGGAGGGUACGAUGUGCAACCUUCCAAGCCUUGUGAGACUAAAGAAACGGUACAAGUUUCACCUCUUUGUCGACGAAGCACACUCGAUCGGGGCACUCGGACCACGUGGACGAGGUGUAUGCGACUAUUUUGGAAUUGACCCCUCAGAAGUCGAUAUACUCAUGGGAACGCUUACCAAGUCUUUCGGGGCCAAUGGAGGCUACAUCGCGGGUGGCAAAGCUGCCAUUGACAAACUGAAAGCCAUCAAUGCUGGUGUCAUCUACGGAGAGACGCCCUCUCCAGCCGUGCUUGCCCAGAUUAUUGCAGCUCUUAAAAUCAUCAACGGUGAACUCAGCCCGGGACAAGGCGAGGAGCGUCUGCAACGAAUUGCAUUUAACUCCCGUUAUCUUCGACUGGGCCUUAAGCGUUUGGGAUUUAUUGUCUACGGCCAAGACGACUCUCCUAUCAUUCCACUUCUCCUUUACAACCCUGCUAAGAUGCCCGCUUUCUCACAUGAGAUGCUUAGGCGCAAGAUCUCAGUUGUGGUGGUUGGUUAUCCAGCAACACCACUGAUCUCCUCUCGAGCCCGAUUCUGUGUCUCGGCCGCCCACAACAAAGACGAUCUAGAUCGCCUGCUGGCAGCGUGCGACGAAAUUGGCAACGUACUUCAACUCAAGUUUUCAAGUGGCAUCGCCGGCGGUGCUCCUCCUUUGCCAGAGGGCGUCACCUGGGAAAUGGAGCAAAGCCGCAAACGAUUGGAAAAGCAUGAUAAGGUUGCCAAAUCCCUGGUGGUCUCACCCCGAUGGAGCUUGGAUGAAGUUAUCAAGCGUGGCGUCCAGGACGUCAAAGUCCCUUUGCGAUGA